CCCUGCUGCCUUUUUUGCGGGGGAAAAAGGGGAUUCUGAGCUCUCUCCCCAUCCCAUCCGCGAGAGAAGGAAAGUGGAUUUCCCUUUGCUUUGCCCUCGGGAUCUUUAUUUCAGAUUUAAAGCUGGUUUUGCAGUGGUUGAUUGAGGUAUUUGCUUCUUUUCUACCCGUUCGGAUCCAGCUGGGGAAAUCUGGGUGAGAAACGGCACAUUCCCUGCUUAUAUCUUAAUUUAAAGCUGGGAGGGGAGGACGUUGUGGGCACGAUGACUUUUGUCCUCAAACCACGGCCACGCACGUGGGAUCUCACCCUGGACUAUCACACGGCAAAACAGUUUGAAGUGGACGUGACCCUGGAUCCAGCCACAGCAGGUCCUGAGGUGAUCCUCUCCAAUAACCUCAAAGAGGCCAGCUGGGGUAGACCCGGCCACCGGUGGCCUGAGGGUCCAGGCCAGUUUGACACAGAUCCGUGCAUGUUGGGCAGGGAGGGCUUCACCUCAGGCCGGCACUACUGGGAGGUGGAGGCCACCGGGCGUUUCUGGGCCGUUGGGGUGGCCCGUGAGUCGGUUCAGAGAAAAGGCCGCAUCCUCUUCAAGCCCAACACCGAGAUCUGGGGCCUGCAGAAAUAUGACGAUCUCUGUGUGGCCCUCACGGCUCCUUCCAACACCUCCGUCCCGCUCCUCAAUGGGGAGAUUGGGGUCUACCUGGACUACGAGGUGGGACAGGUCUCCUUCUAUGCCGUGGGCACCCGCCAACGCAUCUUCACCUUCCCCGUGGCCUCCUUCAGUGGAGAGAAGGUCUUCCCCUACUUCUGUGUCCUCCUCUCCACCAUCAAACUGUCCUCCAAGGGGUGAUGUGUCCCCCACUGAAGCUCCCCAAUGGUUGGAAACACUCCUUGAUCUUCCUCAAUUAUUCUCCUUGGUGUUCCUCAACUAUUCUUCUCCUUGCCCUUACUCAACUCUUUUCCAGGUCUUGGAGUCAUUUCCACCUCAUUGUCCUACCUCCACCUUAGAUGUCUCUAUUUUGGGUUAUAUCCAGGGGAUUUGGGGUCCGAGCUUGGCACGCUCAUCUCAUCUGAAAGCUGGUGUCGUUAAAUCCAUCCAAACCUCAUUAACUGAGCCGGUUUUGAGCUGAAAACUUGGGUUUUCCUCCCAAACUCAGCCCACUGUGAAGGUUUCCUUUACUGAAUUCGAUGCUGGGCUUCCACCUCAAAUUAAAAAUCUUAAUUUUUGCAGGUUUUUUGUUAGUACUCGCUUUAUAACUGAUUUUGUCAUCAUGAGGACGUGCUCGGUCUCGCUAUCCCUUCCCCAUUUUCUCCUGCUGUUCCCCACGCUCCGAAUCCCAAUAAUUAAGGUGCGAUUGAUUAUAAAUGUGAUCAGAAUAUAGUAAAUCUUUUUUUAAAUUUUUUUUUUUUGCUCUAAGAAGGAGGUGUCUGCUUUUGACCCAUCACCAAGCUGCCCCAGCACCACAUAGAACCCCAGGACCCCCCAGAGCUACCCCACAUGGGAGCCCAACACCUGCUCUGGCCCCUCAAAAGCCCCUUAGUCCCCUGGGACCCCCCAAGAACCCCUCAGGACUGACUCAUAUGAGACACCAAAGGCUGUUCCAGCCCUCCAACACCUUCUUUAUCCCCUGGGAUCUCCAGGAGACACAGAGGGCUGCCACAGACCCCCCCCCCCACAGACCUAAGCUUCACCCCCCAGACCUCCUCCUUGGCCUCAUCACUGUGGGUCUCCUCAUGCUCUGGCAUUUAACUACAAAUAACUAAUUACUGGGUGUGAGUUAUCACCAGAAAUUCCUCAUCACUCAUAUGGCAAAGUUGGGUUGGGAAACACAAAUACAUUAAAAUUCUGGUUCUUAU